GUGCGGUAGCAACAUAGCCCUCAAUGGCAAUUUGGUCGCUGGAGAAGGCUGCAUGAGCCCCGGAAUAUGUAUUUCGCUCAUGUCCUCAUCCGGGACCGACUCAACUUUAGGAUACUUUGACAGCAUCGUGGCUCCUUCCAAGCGUGUUCACCAAGUUUUUAUUUUUUUUAGAUUGUAUUUUUAUGUAAUCGUUUUUCUUACAUAGGCUAUACAAUAAUUUUGAUUCCAUAUCUGAAUAGAUGUAUUGCCAGUCAAAGUACCUUUAUGAAGCACUCAACUAUUUGUGAAUUGCUCUGGGAAGAACAGGUGUUAAAAAUCUGCGGAUUCAAUACAAACAUUUGUUACAAAGUUGCAAUUUAGCGUUUGGAUAGAAACAACACAGGAAGAGAUCUUGAAGACGGAUGUAACUCCAUGACCAAUGUCGCGCGCGGUAACGAAUUUAUGAUUUGACAAAUGUUGCUCCCAACACUGUGACAGUAGUAUUUUCCUCGACGUGCUUUGGAUUUGUCUUCUACGUUCAACGAAUUGGACCAGUAGCCUAAUUAUCGGGCAGAAACCAAGACAUGGGGACUCAGGGCACCGGACGAAAAAGAAAUCCCAAUAAGGACAGGUCGACGGCCGAGGAUGAUGCCCUUAAUCUCAUAUCAAGAGAGGCAGAGGCCAGGUUGGCAGCGAAGAGGGCGGCCAGGGCAGAGGCCCGGGAAAUACGUAUGAAGGAGCUGGAGAGACAACAGAAAGAGAUCUCAGACGAUGAUGAGCGGAUGUCUGUGGGCAGCCGAGGCAGUGUGAGGUUGGAGGACAGAGAUUACCUGGAAAAGGGAUCUCGAGCCGCUUCCACCCUAUCGGCAGCCACCCUCGCCUCGCUGGGCGGGUCUUCCUCCCAGAGAGAAAGUGGUGAGACGUCCAUCACUGGCGACACAGAAACCUCCAUACGAGAGAUCAAGGAUACCUUAGUGGAGGUGGAGGAGAAGUACCGCAAGGCCAUGGUGUCCAACGCCCAGCUGGACAACGAGAAGAACAACCUGAUGUACCAGGUGGAUACGCUGAAGGACUCGCUCAUGGAGCUGGAGGAGCUGCUGUCCGAGUCACGCCGCGAGUACGAAGGGAAGAGCAAGGACUUUGAGCGUGAGAAACAUGCCCACGGCGUGCUGCAGUUCCAGUUCAACGAGAUGAAGGAAACGCUAAAACAGAGCGAGGAGUUACUAACAAAACAUGGAAUUGUCCUCAGACCUGACCUGACUGCCAAUGGGGAAACGCUGGAGUUGGGCACUGAAGGGUCAGCCAGUGGAGAUCCAGCUUCUCAAUUGGCUCUGGACUCCCAGACGUCGCCCAUGGAAGGGGGGAACAGCAUGCUUGGCAGAGCUCAGGAGACGGCGUUGGGAAGUAGAGGAGAUAAGGUGGUGGAUCCAGGAAGGUCCAGGCAGCAAGAGGAUACACACGAGGAGGAGGCUCGAGAGAACCAUCUGACCUCGCCGACCCCCUGUAGCCUUGUUAGUGUUUCUGAAACAGAAACGCCAAGGGAGGCUCAGCCGUUCUCGCCCACAUUGCGGGAAGAGGUUGAAAUUGAAGGCAGUGAUGUCAACAAAGACUCUGACAAUGGCACACCAGUAGUAGAGGUCAAAAGUGGACCGGUCUGUGAUGCUGAGGUACUUGUGGUUGUAACGGGUCCUGAGGAAGAGGUUAUAGUAGCGGGGGAGGGGUACGAAGCAGCAGGUGUAGAGGGGACAGGGCAAGGCAGAGUAGAGGUUGCAAGCGAAGGGGAACUAGGAAUAGAAAAUGACGAGGCAGAUGAGGCAGAGACCAAAGUUGUCAAGAGCAGUGACGACACCAAAGAGACGUCCUCAAAAGAGCCUACCUCAGAAUAUGGUGCAGCAGCUGAACAAGAGAAAAACGAAUCGAGUAAAGAGGACGUGAAAUGUUUAGACUCAUAUCCUCUGCCUAGGGAAACCAUUGAGGACACCAUGAAAAAUGGCACACAGAUUAGCCAAGGGACAGACCUUGAUACUAGUAAGAGCCCAAUCAAAUCAAACCCUGAGCCUCAGAAAACAAAAAAGUCUGAAGUGUUACCAGAGAUAACUGACCUGCAGCCACAGGCCCAAGCAGGCAACAAGAAGAAGAAAGGCAAGAAGAAGAAGGGAGAGACACAAAGCGAUGUAAAGCAGGAAGACCAUAAGAAGAGCACAACAGAAACGUGUGUAGUCUCCAUGACAAAUGACACACAGAUUAGCCUAGGGACAGACCUUGAUACUCCUAAGAGCCCAGUCGAAUCAAACCCUGAGCCUCAACAACCUGAGCCUCGGAAAACAAAAAAGGCAUGUGUGUUACCAGAGACCACUGACAUGCAGCCACAGUCCCAAGGAGGCAAGAAGAAAAAGAAAGGCAAGAAGAAGGGAGAGAAACAAGGUGAUGAAACGCAGGGAGAUAAGAUGAGCAAAGCAGAAAAGGAUGUGGUCUCCACCCCAACCGAUAAGGAGCCAGUAGAGGCGGUAGGAGAGGGGGUUAUCACAAUAGAGACACAGCAGCAUCUAGAGGAGGGGACCAGUAGUUCACCAGAUCGAGAGCUCCAAACCAUAGCUGAGGAGGGACUGAACCUGAAGGAAGAACAACUAGAAGAAGACCGAGUAGAGGUUAAAAGUGAGGGGCCUACCAUUGAAGUAUCUCUGACUGACCAAGCUAAGAGUGAGGAGGUUAUCUCAAAGAAGAAAAAGAAGAAAAUGAAAAAGGACAAACACAAACCUACAAUGGAAUCGGCGAAAUCAGAAGGCGAGAUAUCAGUAUUAUCCCUUGAGUCCAACAUUGGUAUUGCUGAUCCUGUUGCUCACUCCAAGUGUAUAACCAGCGCUCAUAACCCUAUGGAGGAAUUAGAAUCGACAACAAAUACUGGUACCCAAAAGGACGAGUCAGGGUACACAACCAACCCUGAUAACUUUGGAGACUGUUUGAACUCUUCAGCUGACCCAAAAUGUCCAUUGGACUCGAAACAGUCCACAGCUGGGAAUUCAAACAAUGUCAAAGAGGAAGGUGCAAUCACGGUCUCAGUUGAAGAGGCUCAAACAAUCCAAGACACAAAGGAACAGGGGAAUAACUUUCACAGUCCCAUCGUUCUAAGACCAGAGCUCAAGAAGAGCGUGGAACCUGAAGACCUUUUCUCCCAUGAUGGUGUCACUACUCACCCAGACCAGGCUAAUGAAAAUGUGACACAAGACCUAAAAGAGGCAGGUCAGGAUAAACAAAAUGGGAGCCCAGAAGAGCGUACAAAUGCACUUGAACAUGAAGACACUUCAAUGGCACUGCCAGCAAAUGUAGAGAAAUGCAACAAUUCAGCAGAUGAGAAAUGUUGUAGCAUAUCGCUUGACCGCAACUGCCCUGCUGCUGAGACCAUAAGACUGCCUGAACAAUUGGUGGAUAUACUUGAUUGUCCAGUCACUGACAUGCACUUGUAUGAAAACAACAAGCCAGAAACACUUGAUCCAGAAGAGGCAUCAAAUGGAGGGAUCUCUACAGAGACCGAGCUGAAUGAUACAGAAACACGACUACAGGACCCAUUAAAAGAAACUCCGGUGACAAUUGACUCUUUUAGGGAACAGAGCCAAAAUGAAAGUGGACCAUGCACUAUGGUGGCGAAAGCAGAAGAGCAAGAUGAUCCCAUUGAGGCCAAGCUGGAGGGUAACAAGGUACCUGGACCCAGUGAGCAGUGGAAUGACGAGGAGAAUGAAAAUGAGGGUCAAUCGUUUGACCUUUCUGACCUAGUUUCAGUGGAUCCUGCAAAUGUAUUCCCAAUAACAUCCCAAGAGGAGGUCAGCCAGGAAAUGAGAACGAUGUCGGUAGGAUACAAAAUGGAGGUAGAGCCUGGUAAAGAGGAGGCUAACGAGGAAGAGGAGGAUGACAAACUGCAGGACACAGAGGGAGUUAGCGCGAUAGUGGCACAGCAAUCAAUUGAAGGGGGGUCAGAUAAUGCACCAGAGGAGCUCCGAAGCCCUGAAGAAAAAGCACAAACCAUAGUUGAGGGCCAGAACGUGACUGAAGAACAACAACUAAUCACAUUAGAGGAAGGGGUUAGUGUAACAUACAAUCAGAAAGACAUUGCAGAGGAGGGAGUGAGUGUGACUGUUGAACAGCAAGGUGUAGAAGAGAGCGAGAGGCAGCAGAAUGCAACUGCGGUAGAGGCUUUGCCAGUAGAGGAGGGGGAAGAGGCAAUCCAGUAUGGGUCACAGCAGGGUAGAAGAGAAAGUAGUCGAAGUACAGAGGAUUCAGCAGAGGGCGACAAUGAGCAAUCUAGGACAGGCUUGAAAAAAGGCAGUAAGAAAGUAAAAGGCAAGGGAAAAGAGGACUGCCGAAUGUCCUAGUUUUUAGGUCUGCACUCAAUAUAAACAACAGCAAAUAUUUAUGAACUACUACAGCCAAAGCAAGUACCAUUCAAAUUCCUUCCAAAGUUAUAAUUCGAUGUACUGUAUUUUGAGGUCCAAAAGUAUUUGUGACACAUUUUUUUUUGUUUUGGCUUUGUAUUCCAGCACUUUGUAUUUUGAAAUGUAUACAAUGACUAUGAGGUAAAGUGAAGACUGUCAGCUUUAAUUUGAGCGUACUUUUUGUU